GAGCGCGAGGCCUCGGAACGGGCAGGGAGAACUGCCUAGCCGAGAGCGGACACAAGGCCUCCGUCUUCAGAGCCCCCGAAAGAAAGCGAGGGAGGACGAGAGAUGACGAGAGGAAGGGAUUGGAAGGAAAGGCAGCGCCCAGUUAUCACCGCCUUAAAGCCAACUCAACAGCGCAACUCCUCUUUGCACCGCUCAGCCUGACGGGAGCCUCAGCCUGUACGUACUGGCUGCGCCCGCAACGCAUCCCUGGCACCGCCCCCUGCCGCGGGGCACGCCGGGAGAGCCGAGUUUCCCCCUUCCUCUAGUAAACGGGCGAGACGAAGGGUAUUUCCGGUGUUAACGACUAUCUUUACGGAAGAGGUGGGGUUAAUCCUGUCCCGCCCCUCCUGGCCGGCGGGGCGAAGACUGACAGUCUUCGGCAAGCGCUAAGGCCCGCCCCUGCACCGGAAGGAGGAAGGCGGGGGAGUCUAACAGGCGUCAGGCGCGGGGUCACGUGUCGCAACUGCUGGUGGAGAGAAGAAAAGGGCGGGACCCCGGACGGAGGGGUGGGGUGCCCUCCUUUCCCUUGGGUCACGCGCGGCAGGAAGUGGUUCCCGAAACGGAGUAUUCGAGAUGGGGACCGCCCUGGACAUUAAGGUUAAAAGAGCGAACAAGGUUUAUCACGCCGGGGAAAUGCUCUCCGGGGUGGUGGUCGUAUCUGGGAAGGAUUCGGUCCAGCACCAGGGAGUCUCCUUGACAGUGGAAGGAACCGUGAACCUCCAACUCAGUGCCAAGAGUGUGGGUGUGUUCGAAGCAUUCUAUAAUUCUGUUAAGCCCAUCCAGAUUAUCAACAGUACCAUCGAAAUGGUGAAACCAGGAAAAUUUCCCAGUGGCAAAACAGAAAUUCCUUUUGAAUUUCCUCUGCACGUGAAGGGUAACAGAGUUCUGUAUGAGACUUACCACGGCGUGUUUGUCAACAUUCAGUACACCCUGCGCUGUGACAUGCGGCGGUCCCUGCUGGCCAAGGACUUGACCAAGACCUGUGAAUUCAUCGUUCACUCUGCUCCUCAGAAGCGGAAACUGACUCCGAGUCCCGUGGCCUUCACUGUCACGCCUGAAACCCUACAGAAUGUCAAAGAGAGAGCCUUGCUCCCCAAAUUUCUCAUCAGAGGACAUCUCAACUCGACCAACUGUGUUAUCACGCAGCCACUAACGGGAGAGCUGGUGGUGGAGAGCUCGGAGGCCGCCAUCAAAAGCAUCGAGCUGCAGCUGGUGCGCGUGGAGACCUGCGGCUGUGCAGAAGGGUACGCCCGCGAUGCCACAGAGAUUCAGAACAUUCAGAUCGCCGACGGGGACGUGUGUCGGGGCCUCUCUGUCCCCAUAUACAUGGUCUUCCCCCGGCUCUUCACCUGCCCGACACUGGAGACCACCAACUUCAAAGUGGAGUUCGAGGUGAACAUCGUUGUGCUGCUUCACCCUGAGCACCUCAUCACGGAGAACUUCCCGCUGAAGCUCUGCAGGAUGUAGGCGGGAACGGGGGGAGAUGCGGCCGUGCCGACCUACGGGAGCCCAAGCCGGCAGCACCCACCUCGCUCUCCUGGUGGUUCUGAAUCAGAGAUGAGUCCGACCCUUCUUCCUCAUUCCCUCGAGGCCCCUCUAGUCAGCGCUUCCCUUUGAAGUUCAUCAGGAUUUCUUCAUGGCGUUGGCAAGAUUGUUUCCCAGAGAGUAGACUUCCUGUGACUCCUGACUAAGCUGCUCCUUCUUAGGUUCAGGGCACAGUUGUAGCAGAGUCUGAACUUUGCUGGAAAGUGAGGUCAGGGACAGAGGAAACCUCCUGUCUGGCUGACGGCUGUGGCCAGGCUCCCGACAGCUCCCCGACCCCACAGGGUGGCGACAGGCGUGCUGGUUGCUCGUGACAUUGGUGGACACCCGCCAAGGAGGGUGCUGUGGCGCCCGCUGCAGAUGCGCAGCGUGGUUCCCACUCUCCUGUCUUUUAUAACGUUUGUCGUGAUAACUUCAGAACUUUUGGGGACCUGGGGAAAGUGUGCUUUGCCGUCCCAGGAGUGAGGGGAUCUGGUGACCACGGCUGGUGCUGGAGUAUUUCUGAGUCUCAGGACCUGGUGUGAAGUUGCCUGCUGCCGUCUUCCCAGAGUCUGUUUAAGUGCUAGGUUUUGUUGGGGACAAAAACAUGUGUCCACGCCCGUUGUUGGCUGGGUUCUGAGUGGCAGGGGACCCGGGCCCAGGCUAGCAGUGAAGACCCUUCUGUGCUGGGCGGGACCCACCUCCAUCCCACCUGAGGGACCUGCGUUGGCGGGGUCGGGGGAGGUAGUUUGGCCUGAAGCCAUUUUCUCCCUCGCCUCCUGUUGGGAUUUGCGGUGUACGGCGGGUCUGUUACAACACAUUUCUUCCUUCACAUCCUGCUGUUGUUUCUCUGGGUCCACAGUUAACCUCAGAAGUAAGCCGCACACUGUGCACGCUGCCUGGCCUUCCUCUCCUGAGGGAAUAAUCAUCACCUGAAGAGCUGUCAGCAGCCCCGCCGCCUUUAUCAUUUUAUUCAACCUCGAGGGGCCCGAGCGAGGGCCAUUUCCUUGCGCUUCUUGGACGGGCACCUCCACCAUCAGUUAUUAAGGAAAACUCGGAUGUUUGGGUAUCUUGGGCAGCAGCAGUCCCACUACUGCCCUGGCUGGAGCUGGGGGUGUCCGUUGUCAGGUUCUCCCAUUACAGCAGGAGGAAGGGGAGGUGAAGGAAAGAGGCCGUGAACCUAAAACAGUACAUUUUUGGGGGAAAUGCCCGGUUAGGCAGGAGCACCUUCUGGCUCUUGGAGCUCCAGCAGAAAUGGGGCCUUGCUCUGGUUCUCGGCCACAUCGUGAGCUCCACAGGAAAGGUGGAGACGUCAAUCAGAAAUAAAACGUUUAAAAAAGAAGCCAAAAUACCGUGCCUGUCUUCACCCAGAGCUCAUGUCCCGAGCCUACCUGCUCCGGUAGCUGGGGGGAGGUGGGUCCCUGGUGUCAUUUCUGCCUUCUUGAGGCUCCUAAUUCCCAAGCCUGAGUCUGAAUUACCUUUAAGACCUUUGGGGUAAGAUUACCCCCACAUGCUGGCGGCACUUUGGGCUGUGGCAGAUCACCAGUGCUCUCCACGGGCCCCCUCUGAUUCCCUUCCGAGUUCAGAAAUAGCGUUGCAUUUCCGUGGAGCCGUGUCCACCUGACUGGGGACUGACUGCCAACUCCUUUGCAGUGGGGUGUGGUCAUGUGACAGGGAGGACGUAGGCCCCUUCCCGUGGCUGGACGGGAACAGGCCUGCCCCCCACCUAGACCACGCCGAGCACAAGGAACGUGUGAGCAGGACAGCUAGCCUCCCACCUGUGUCGCGGUCACCGGAGAGGGAAAGGAAUGGGUCAUCCUCAGAGCACGGGAUUGCCGGGUGUCUGGGCUGCAGCAGCCCUGCCCUGUCCUGCCCUGGAGCUUGUGACGGAGGGUCCAAUCCCACCCAUGCCUCUCGUACAGCCUGAGGUCCACAUGCAUGUAAGUAUGAAGAAAUACUCCUUGAUCUUCAUGCCCACCCUCUGCAUUAAGAUUCUUAAGGGUCCAGAACCUUGCCCGGGCCCAGCUGGUCAAACACCAGGGUGGGUGUAGACCAGCCCUCCCCGGAGCUGUUACUGAUCUCAUCCAGCCACCGCAGGACCCAGCUGACCCAGCCCUACCCAGUAAAACCUCCCUGACCAGAGUGGAAGGAAAACAGGCUGGUUUUCACCGUCACGGUUCUAGAAAUCUAAAAGAUUUGGUUAGGUUUUCCUGGGAGGAGCGUCAAUACCAAGAUACAUCCUGUGAUGACAGCCGUGAUGCAGCCCUUUCCUCCUGUGCUUUGGGAGGAGCUGCCGCAGGCUGGUGAGCACGGCGCUGCUCUUGUCUGGUGCUGGUUCCCACACAUCCCUGAACCCUGCAGGAACUGCUUUCUCAAGUGAGGCCGCCCUCUCUGAGGGCUGGGCCGCUCCCACUUAGGGGCCUCCACGCAGAUGGUUUCAGUUGCUGGAGUGUUGACAGAUACUGGCCAUGUCUGUGCAUCUAAGGAGAGCAGGAGCUCUGUGAGCAUUCACUGUUAUUCUGGAUCAGACCCCAUGCUGAGUGCCAUGCACGUGUUAUCUUAGUUAAUUGUGUAGCAACACUGUGAGGAGGGAACUCAUCCCCAUUUAAAGUUGAGGGGAUUGCGGCUGAUGGAAAGGCACAAGGACGUCAUUGGUGCCUGCUUCUUCAGGACUCACCAGAUUUGGGGGAGCAUCUGCUUGUUGAAGACCCAGGGUUGAGAUAACACUAGAAUGUUUGGUUGCUUGUCAUCUGGAUCAGCUGUCCUUUCUCCAGGAGAGGCCUCUGUUUGGUUCCCUUGACAAAGACCAGUACUGGCAGGAGGCUCCGUGAAGGUCCAUGAAGAAGCAGCUCCAGAGAAAAGGAUUUCUGAGAGAUGGGGUUUGUUCAGCAAGGGCCCCACGACAGGGGAUGUGAUCACUGCCUCCCAUCUCGAUCAAGGAUUAGAGUUUUAAGAGCACAACCUCUGGGUCUUGUGUGACAGAAGUGGGAGGAGCUUUUCUGUCUUCAGAUGAGCAGCCACCUUGGGGAGGCUGGGCCAGCAACCCAGACCUACUGCUGCUGGAUACACCAAGAAAGGGGUGUGCUCAGACUUAGCUGUGGAAAAGUGGUAGAAAAGAGCAGAAAAAUAAAAAUCUUAAAUAUU